CUUUUCUGAUUCUGCCUCCAUUUUUGCCAAGAUGAGUGCCCCUCCUCCCCCACCUUUACAACAACAGCCUUCCUCAUCUCAGAGCUCUCGUUCAAAGUCAAGCAAGAUGAGCAGCAGCAGCUCAAGCCAUUCAUCAGGCUAUCCACAGUUCUUGCGCUCUUUCCACCCGUCUGAGGCAGCACUAGCACAGGAGCAGUUACACCCAAGUGUAGGCCGUUUUGAACACUUUGUUGGGGGAAGUAGCAGUAGUGGGAGUGCUGGGGGAUUAGGAGGAUUAGUAACAUCAGCACCUCCACCCCCACCUCCUCUGCAUCCCGGCCUCUCUGUCCCCCAGGCAUCAUCUGGUCCAUCCUCUUCCUCUCCUUCCCCUUCAACAUCUGUGUCCACCUCUAUUAACCCUUCUAGCAGUGCAGUCAGCUCUUUGGGACACCAGUUGGUUGGGGCCCAAUCUGAUGCACGAAGCCUUCACCAACAAUUUAGUUGCAUGUUAGCUGCUAAUCAGUAUUUCCUUUCUGGGGUGCCUUCUAAUUCUAGUUUAGAGCAAUUUCUUGUUCAACAGGGAACCCAUAACCACUUAGGGCUUGGUUUAAGUCAGACAGGCGGGGAACCUAGUACUAGUCUUGCGCCGCCUCCUGCUUUGCAUUCUUCUCACUCACAUGGCCACUCCACUUCCCAGCCACAGCAGGCUCCACAGCAGACACUCCACCAGCAACAGCUUCCACCUCACACCCUUUCUCAUCCUCACUCUCAUUCCCAUCCUCACCAUCCGCUCCACCCAGGCUCCCAUUCCUCAUCACUGGGUGGCUUUGACUUCCAGGGCAUCCCUGUACUCUCAUCAAACCAGAUAGCUUCUCUGAUGCAGCAUGAAGCAGGUUUGCCACUCCCUCUGCCACUUCAUUUAUCCUUAUCUAAAGAUGACGGUAAAGGUGAAAGCAGCAGCGGCGGUGGAAGUAGUAGUAGUGGUGGCAGUAGCAGUAGGAGGAAGAAAGCUAUGGCUGGCUAUUUGCCGCAGAGAAAGUCUGAUAGCACUAGUAAUAGCAGUGGUAAUCCCAUCGCUAACAGUAAUGGUGGCGUGCUUAGUCAUGGUCAGCCCCCAGCUUUAAUUGGAAGUGGGGUUGGUAUGUCAAAUAUGGGUGGAGACCCAUCAUCCCUUCUUGCCUCAUCAUCUUCAUCCUCAUCAGUAGUUUCUUCCUCCUCCUCUGCUCCCUCUUCCACUGCUGCCUCAGUACUAGUUACUAAUGAUUCUCACCUUUCUAAAUCUGAUAACCAGAGCUCAAUGCAACCCAACAACACAGAGUCUGAUUCAGAGCCAGUUUAUAGCUGUGGAGAGUGUGGCAAAAGCUUCCCUCACCUUUCAAGCCUUCGCAGGCAUUUGCGCAUGCAUGAGCCAACAACAGCAGGUACUAGCAAUUCUUCCUCUACUGGCCCAAACCCCAUUCACAUUAAAGCACAGGCUGACCCAAGCCUCCCCCAUUCGACCCAAGAAACUCCCCAAACCCCAACUAUUUCUUGUCCUAGCCCAGACAAAAUUUUUAAUUGCCCCGAUUGUGGCAAAGGCUUUAAGAAAAAAGGGCACCUCCUGCAACAUGGAGUUAUACACUCUACAACCCGCCCAUAUGGCUGCUCCACCUGCUCUCGGGCUUUUAAUCGUAGAGAGUCACUGACACGCCAUGAGAAGAUACAUGAGGAAAAGCCAUUCCGAUGUCCCGCCUGUGGUCGUUCCUUCCGUGAGAGCACCUCUCUACUCAACCAUGCUGCCUCAGGCACCUGCGGCAAGCCAGGCUACCAUGAUGAUCAUCGUUCUCAAGGUAAUCCAUCUCCAUGCUACUCUGGUGCCUCCCCCUGUGGAAGUGGGAUGGCGGGCCCUGCUCUGAGAAAGGCACCCUUGGCUCCAACACUGCAUCCACACUCACAGAGCCACAACCAGCACCACCAUCCGCAGCAACAGCCCCACCUGCCCCUUUCUUCUCUACUGGAUGACUCAGAGGAUGAUGUCACUAGCUCUGUCAAUAAUGCAAUCUCUGCUAUAACAGCAGCUAGUAACAGUGGAAAUAGAGGGGAUGAUAGGGGAGACAUCAUAGGAGGUCUACUAGGUGGUCUUGGUUUAGGUCCUCUGGGCUCACCUUCAUCAACAUCUGGUAUGGAUAAGAAUUUCAGAGGUGGCGGGAGCCAGGAGGCUAUGAGCAGCAACCCACAUAAUCCUACCACCAAACCAAAACGUCCCCGCAAACCCAGAGCUAAGAAAGAUCCUGCAGUUGGUGGGCAACCCCCCAAACGUAGGCAAUACACCCCCAGAAUGGGGCCCAGCGGCCUCCCACGCACUCACCUCUGCAGUGUCUGUGGCAAGGGUUUUGCAAGACGCGAGACCCUACGCAGGCAUGACCGCAUCCAUACUGGAGAGAAGCCCCAUCACUGCACUGUUUGUGGAAAGUAUUUUAGAGAGGCUUUUCACCUCAGCAAGCAUCAAACGGUCCAUUCUGGGGCGAAGAAUUACAAAUGCAGCAUCUGUGGGAAAGAGUUUGGCUACUCCCAGAGCCUCAGGAGGCACAGCAAACUCCACCAGAAAGGGGAGCUGGAAGAGGUGCCCACAACACCAGCUGCGGAGAACCUCAACAGCUUUAACCCAAACCCUCAAUGUAGCGUGGCCCAAGAAAGGAGCCAGAACCAAGCACCAAGCACCUCCUCCUAUUACUCCUACCCUCAAGACGUCAAGCCUCAAGACACCAACCCCCAGCCACAGCCUCCACCGCCACCGCACCCGCAGCCCCCACCUCCGCCUCGACUCUACACUUGUGCUAUAUGUUGGAAGUCGUUCCGCCACCACUUCCAUCUGACCGCCCAUCACCAGACGGUUCAUGAAGGUGGGGGUGAAAAGCUCUUCUGCUGUGAGGUAUGUGGGAAAGCAUUUGCUUACUCUAACAGCCUCACACGACAUAGGCAAUCACAGCAUGGGAUGACCCGCUCUGAUCCGCCUAACCCACAAGAAGGCAGCGGUGGGUCUGGAGACAACAGAGGUGGGAGUGAUGUUAAUCAGUCAACAUCAGAGAGUGAGGCUGCCACCAAUACCCUGCUACAGAUGGCUCCUUCCACCGAAGCCCACGGAGGGCAGAGUCUUAGUGUCGUCACUCAUAGCCACCAACAGCCACCCCCGCAACCACCAACUGGUUACUCUCCCCUCUUUUAUGAUGCUGCAGCCCAAUCCUCAGCCUCUAAUGCUCCAUCCUACUCACAGCCUCUGCCUCCAAACUCUACAAUCAUGGCCCCCCAGCACCCGCAUUCCCCAGCCGGGGUGAAAGGAGAGCACAUAUAUCCAGCUGGAUCCCGUAGCCGUACACUCCACACCACAGCCCCGUUCCAGCCCCUCACGGAACUGCCCUCCACUGAACAUCAUCAUCUGCAUCAUCAUCAUCAUAUCUCCCACCACCAUCAUCUUCUUCAUCAUCAGUCAGGUGCCCAGUCCCACCAACACCCUGACUGCAGCAUCCAGUUAUCACACGAUGAAAUGAGACGACAAAAGAAGAAAAAAAAAAAGUCCGACAGGAGAGAUUGGAGGGAAAAUAAAUGUGAAUCCCAAGAUUUAGUCAGAUUCAAUGAAAUCAAAAAGAAGAGAAAGAUAAGUUGUACAAUAAGAGGGCAGUUGAAUAAAAAACAAGGCUCUCUUCGUUUGACAAUUAGGCGAGGAGAAGGAUCAGGUGGUGGUGGGUAUAAGCUUGUCAACACUGGGGGAAUGAAGGUGCAGAUCUUCUCAUCUCUCAAAGUCCCUGUGAAACGUUUUGGCUGUCCUAUAUGCCCCAAUUCUGUGUUUUCCCGUAAAGCGGGACUGCUAGUCCACAUGGCAGUUAAACACACACAAAAAGCCUUGACCACACAGGAGCGACUAAGGUGCCGUGUAUGUGGGAAGCAGUCUCACAGGCCUUUGGCAGCCUUCAUCCAUCGGGCCUCCCAUCGUGCCAGAGGGACUUUCUCCUGCCGACGCUGCUCCACUCGCUUCUGGAACGCCACACUGCUCUACAGGCACAAGGUGUCCUGCCGCCGCAGGGCUAAAGGACUGCAGCGAGGAGAUGCUAACAGGCUGAAGCUUACAAAGAGAGCAGGAGAGAGACAGACCCAAGAGGGUCAGGAGGAGAUUCCAUACCUACAGGGACCAUAUAGAUACUGAGCAUCCUGGUAUCUGAAAAGAGUGGCAUACGAGAGAGAUAUUUCAGUUCUAAAAUGGGAAGGUGAAAAAAAGGGACUUGAAAAGGCAAAUGCUGCCUUUUUAGGAGAAUUUUCCUCUUGUCUCUGUUGACAUCUACUCUGCUGACUAUUAGAAUGAGUGUUUUAACAACUACUGUAUUGCAUCCUAUAAAAUAUCACCAGAAAUUCUUCCAGGUUAUAUUGGAAGGUGUUUUCAAAGACGUGACUGUUUCCAUAGGUUCAUUAACCCCUUAAGUGCAUUGACACUAUGCUUGACUGACACUGUGCAGUUACUAGACAAGUUUAGGUGAAAUGACCUGCUAAUGUAUCUCUCUUCCCCAUAACUAGAUUCCCCGCUACACCUCUUGCUGUAUGAUAAACGUCUCUGCUGUGUACUUUGUCUUGUUGUUGUUCACUUAGAGGCUCUGAGGAUAUUUUUUAAAUGUAAAGUGCUUUUAUUAGGAGUAGGGACAUGAGGACAAAGACCUUUGUUGAUAGUUUGUCAGUGCAUGUUUGUUCUCUGGUCAAGUUUUUUUGCUGAGGUUGUGAAAUCACUCCUACAGUAUGUGAUGGUUUAUUCAUUAUAUCCCCAGAAGUUUGUAGUGUUAAACUUGAUUUGAAAGUUGCUCUAUAUUCCUUAGUGAUUUAAUCACGUAUAGAUAAAUUGUCAAAGUUGCUGGUAAUUAGCAUUUCAAGGAUCCCUCUCCUGCCAAAAUGAAGAAAUUUACAAAAAGCCUUGCUUAGUAUGUUCACUUUACUUCAUUUAUUUGAGAUAUUCCUAGCUUUUAUACCAAGAGAUUGAAAACAGGUUAAACAAGUGGACUGUAACACAUGUUUAUCUCAUGUUAUUUGUAUGCUCUUUUUAGCAGUGAUUAUUUCUACAGUACUUCACAGUGUGUUAAAGACAAGGACCUAUCAUAAUAGAAACAAUGUAAUAUUCCAUGUAUUUAUGUGUGUAACCCAAUCAGUCUUCAUGCCAAUCUUAUACUUAACCCAUUUUUACUUUUUGCUGAGUUGCAAUCAUAUAAUUACUGUCAAACAUUUGGUUUAUUUUUUCUGCUAAAGAAAAAUGAUUUAAGUACAUCAUGUCACUUUAUUCACAUAUGAAAUGUUCAUACCCCUGUCAAGCCUUGCUUCUUUUUUUUUUUUCUUCUAAAGAAAAAUUAGUUUUAGUAGAUUUCUAUCACAUUAUUUACUGAGAAGUCAGUAGUUGAUUAUAUUUCAGCAAUGAAUAAACCUUAAGUGUAA